UGGAGGUUGGACCAAAAACUCGCUGUGAAAAUAGCAUUCAAAUGACCAAUUAUGAUAUGAAAAUCUCUAUCAAUAAAUCAUUCAUCAGGUUAUUUAGUGGAAGUUCGAACAUACCCAUGUGUUUAUCUGCUUUUGGAUUUUUUUGGUUUAUUGCACUUUUUAGAUGGCGGAAUAUAGUACAUAGAAGUUAUAGGAUGUGAUAUAAGGACAACAAAAGUGUUUUUGAAUAAUAUUUUUGUACUUGUAGUUUCGUUGUUUAACAUACAAUUCUAUCUUUGUGCAAGUUUAUCUUAUUGUCAACAGUUUGAAUAAUUAUUGUGCCAGGAUUCAUUCAUGUAAAAUAUUGACGUUUUGGAGAUAUUUUGCCUUCGAUAUAAUGUGUUCAUAAUGGAUUGCAAAAGUUUGCAAUGCGUUGAAAAUAUGAAGAAAUUAGAGCAAUGGAAGACAGAGUUAAUAGAUCAGUGGAAGUACAACAAGGAACUUGUGGUGUUCGAAGAUGAAAACGGGAAGCAAAUCACCCCAUCAACAACAACAACAACAACCACAACCACCACCAGCACCACCCGAAAACCUAAUGUCACCUCCAUCAAGCCACCAUUCACUAGUAAUGUCACCGUUUACAUCACAACAGAAAGCCCUGUUACACCAGCUGCAGCAACUGCAGAAACAACCCAGAUUAUAAGGAUUGUAGGGAUCAGCUGUGGAGUGUUUAUCGGAAUUAUCCUGUUAGCCCUGUUGUGUAUUUGUUGUUGUAGACGAUCAGCAGCCAAGAGGAAUAAACGGAUGACGGUGAGACGGCCACUGUUCCCAGCAGAACCAGAGACGGAUCACAUAUAUGCUGAAAUAGAGCCACUGCAGAGGCCAGGUGGUAGCGGCCAAGAUGGAGCCACGGGAACAUCUGCAGACGUUAAGCUGCCAAAGAAGAAAAAGCCGCGAAGAUCAGGGGUGUCCAGCUUUCGUGCAAUAUCCACGCGCAUUUAUAAAUUCUUUUCUGCAGACACUGAUGAUGAAGAGGCGGUGUCUUAUAAUCCCACUAGUCACAAUGUUAACUUCUCUCCUCCAGUACCACCAGAUAGAAAUACUAUAAAUGGAAAGACUAAAAGUCGUACUGGUGUCUCACGUGGAGAAUCUACUGCCUCUAGGAGGCCUUUACUCCAUGACGAUUCAAUAGAUUCUAAUGACAGAAGGUCACACAUUUAUAACCCUUUACAAAGAGAGAAGACAGAGAGAGCAUCUGGGCCGUAUGACCAUCUGGCCGUGAGUAAAACAAGGUCGGGUCAUGUAGAAGAUCCAGAGAAUUCUCCAGACUCACCACAUGAUUACUUUAUGUUAGAGAAGAAAACAAGAGAAUCACAGGAGAUGGAUGAUGAAGCUGAAUAUCGUGAUUCAGACAAUCUAAUGGUUGAAAAUGAAAUUGAACAUAUGGAUACUAUAGAUGAGGAUGCCAUGGAGGACUCUGAGACUCCAAAGUUACAUGACUAUUUUGUUCUGGAGCCUCAUGAGAGGGUGGAUGAGGGAAAGACAGGAGUUGUAAAACCUGCGCAAGGUAAAAGUAGUAGUAUAAAAUCUCAAAAGUCGCCUAGUAAGUCGCCAGCAAAAGUAGAUUCUCUGAAGGACACAAAAGUUAAGCCUGAGGCUAAGCCUAGGGUCACAAAACAAGCUAGUGCACAAUCUCCUAACAGUUCUAAACAUGAUGAUUCCCCUAAAAGGGAGAACAUGGACAAAAAUGAAGGGAGAAAGAGUGUAGAUGAAUUGUAUGUUCUGUCCAAAAUGGGAGAUGCCCCUCAACCACCGGACUCUGCAAAUGAGACACAUUCAUCAGUUGAUGAUGAUGAAUACUUAACUCCUAAAGAAGUUCAUAAACCAGAUUAUGUAGAUGUAAUUCCUGAGCCACCAGACAGGACUUCUUCAUUAGAACCUCAUGGCUCUCCUAUUGUAAAUAUAGAUAAAAAAGGGAUACCUGUAAACAGUCCAAGAUCGCCUACUCAAGGCCAUGGGUCACCUUUGAAAAGCCCUAAGUCACCGACCAAGGGUGAAAUCUCACCUGUGAAAAGUAAAGCAUCAUCUAUCAAAGGUCAGGGCUCUCCAAGGAGUAAUAUGGGUUCACCUAUAAGGAAAGGAUCACCCACAAAAAGAACUCCUUCACCAGAAAAAACUGCUCUACAUUCACCAGUGACUGUCACUAAUUCAAUUGUUACUGAUGUUUAGAUUUCAUAAAUACUUAUAAUAUUUUAAGUAUCAUGUGAAGUUAAUGUCCAUUGUCAUUAUAUAUAGUUGUUGUGAAAGAUCAUGAAACCUCCAGACCAAGUAUAUUUUCCUGUGUAGUCUUUAAGCAGUGUUUAAUGUUUUAUUUAUUCCGAAACUUCUAUGACUCCUUUAAAUUCUCAGGUUGCUGUCACAUUCCAACCCCUUUUUCGCCUUCUUACUUAAGAUGAAUGAACUAAGGUCUGGCGCGGUAAACAUAAAACUUCUUAAGUCAUUUCUUAACUUUAGUCACCUUCCUUAUUUUAGUAUCUCUGAAGUCAUAUGAAACAAAAUCUUAAGAAUUUCCAAAAUACAUUAUUUUUAUUGACUGUAUUGAAAGAAACAUAUUUGAAUGUAAAAACACUUCUACAUUUCUUUUAAUUUGACUAUGAAAGUUUUAAGAAAUCGACAAAAGUUAGGAAAUGAUGCUUUUUGAAUAUGACUUCUGGUUUAAAAUAAUCAUGCUGUCACAAGGUUUGCCAAUCCUGUUCACAAUGUAUUGUGCAUAGUAGACAUUGAGUUGAAGCCAGUUUAUUUCAAAUAUCAAGUUCAUUAUAAAUGUGACUUCUUGAUAUGUCUGUGCACAUUAUCAAUUUAAGUGUGUUCAUUUGAAUUUAAUCAACAUUGUAAAGUACCAUUAUAAAUGUUUUCAAUUAAAUAGUGAGGAGAUGUAUGUGUAUCGACCAACUGUUCUGUACAUUGCCUCAAGUGCUGACUGUUACAAGAAUAUGAAGAGUAGCUGAAGAUUAUUUCAAUGCACGGUAAUAAUCAAAACUGAUGUGUGUAUCAUUUUUACUCUUACUUCAAAAUAAAACUAUUGUUUUACAACAGUUGUACAUAUACUAUUAUUUAUACAUUUUGGUGAAGUGCAUUACAGGCAGAUUCACAUAACAAUGUAUUGUUUAUUAUUCUAUUCUUACUAAAUUAACCUUAAUCGUCCAUCUAACCGGGUAUUUUUAACAGAUACAAUUUCUAAAAGAUGAUUGAUUAUUCACCAGUAAUGGUAAUGUAAGGAAAUCAGAAGUGCUACAUGGAUUGCCUAAAUAGCAUAGAAUCUAGUCACGUUUGGUUGCCUGCGCGAUGCAUGAUGUGCAAUGGCACUUUUGUCAAGGGAAUUUUAUGCAUUUUAAUGUUGUUUGAAGAGUUUUAAGUGGCAUUCAUACAAUUGUGAACUUCUCAUAUUUCUGUAUUUCUCAUUGUGAACUUGAAUAUGAUGUUAUAUUAGUAUGCAUUGAUGGUAUUACUGUAAGAGAUCCACGUGUUGCUAUUGUACUCAGUUGGUAUCGUACAUUAUAUAUUUUAUCAAGAAGACAUUUAUCCACUAUUAUAUUACAUUAUACAUGUAAAUUGUGUACUGUUUGUAAGUAUUAACAACUGUAUACUAAAUGUUUCCAUGGUUAAACAUGAAGGGGCAUGAUAAAUGGUGUGUCAGAAUCUGUAGCAGGAUUGGCUUCUAGGACAAUACUGGGCAACAAUAUUUCAACCAUUGUAUUAAAUGAAGGAAAUUGUAACAGUGUAGCUGUCUGCACUGUCAGAAAGUUUUAAGAUUGUUGGACACAUAUCAGGAGUUCUUACCUUGUCCUUAGUUAAUAGUUAUAGCUUGUGGUUUGUGUCAUGUAGUAUUCUAAGUUGAAAAGUUGAUGAAAUAUUUUUAAAAUCACAGUCAUAUGUUGACCAGAAUUUAUUUGAGGAAUUUAAUCUAUUUUUUUAUUCUGAUCAACAGUGUGUUAGGAAAUACCAGUAAUAUACUAAUAAUUAUUAGGAAUGAUUGCUGAAGUGCAAUGAUCAGUUCUGAGUGACACCAGUGUUUUCAAGUUGACAUUUCCUGUAAAAUAUACAACAGGGAAUUGUUAUAUUGUAGGAAAAUAUUGUGUCAUCCCAGUCAGUGUGUGUAUACCACAUGAUAAAUUGGGUCCUAAAUGCUACAUCGGAAGGCAAUAUUUUGAUUUGAUUUAAAAAACUUUAAACAAAGAUAACUUCACUAUUUCUUCACCAUUUUAAAUAAAACAUAGCGCAGUCUACGACACUUACAGAGCCCCACCUUUGAUCUUUUACCAGAAUUUGAUUGCGAGUCUCGUUUCUUAAGACACUUCAAAAAACGGCCAUCUGAUGGCACACUGUCAAAACAUUAUUUUGAAAACAGGUUUGUCGAAGUGUUUCAUGAAACUAAUAACCUCAUCAAACUUCAGAAAUAAAACCAUGAUGGGACUCUUUAAGCGACAUAGACUGCCCUUAGUUUCAUUUAAAAUGGUGUUAUAAUGAAAAGUAAUCUUUGAUUGAAGUCUUCAUUUUAAGGAAGUUUUUGCCUUUGGACGUAGCAUAUAUGACGUAAUUUAUCACGUGGUAUACACAUACUGCCGAAGAUUCUCACAGCAUGCAGCCUCAGGUAAUAUGAUUGUAUUUCAGUGAAUAGGAUAUUUUUUACUUUGAUAUAGAUUUUUAAUAAAGAUAACUUGCUUUUUGUUGAUGUUUUUUCCAUCAUUAGCAGGUGUACAUACAUUAUACAUAUGGUAGUUUACUCAGGGAAGGAGCUUAAUGCAUUCUUAGUGAAGUAUAAUAUUCCAGAGAACCACUAACCAGUGUUUAUGUCAUGAUUGUCGCAACCUUCAUUUACAGUGCAAAUGUGUAACAGGUGACAAGUGGUUGGGUGUUUAAUUAUGGAAUGUGUUAUAAUGUCUGAGGGUGAGAGUGGUCUAGUGGUACAGGGAUCAGCCUAAAGGUUAAAGGUUCGAUCCCCACCAGUGGUACCUUCUCAUGGCCUGUCAAAAUGGACACCAGUACGGGCUACAGUGUGAGCCUAUUAGCAGGCAGCUUUCGUCACUAUUCAGCUAAAACAAAUUAGUUUAAAUUAAACUUAUAUGACGGUGAUAAAACUGAUAAUCAUUUUAAUGUUAUAAAAUAUUGAAAUGAUGUAAAAAAAAUGCAAAAAACUUAUUGCCACAUGCGAAGAUAGUAACACCCUUGAAGUUAAUUUUACAAUUUUCUUUUAGUACAACAUUUAUAAGCAUUCAUGAUUGCUAUUGGACUCCUUUGCUGUGUGUAUUUCAAUGCGGCUUGUGAUGGUUUUGUUAAGCCAGUAUUUAUUUCAGAUAGUAAUACAAAAUCAUGAGCAUUGAAACAGAUAAAUAAUGCAAGCAAGCUUGCAAUUCGCCAUAUGAAUUCUGUACAUCUGAUAUUGUUCUGAUAUAUGCGCCUUUUCCCUGUGCUAUUCCAUGACUACCAAGCUUGCUCACUGUUUAUGUAGAUUAGAGAAACAUUGUUGCUUUUGUGUAAUGGAUAAUACUUCUUGUUGUAGUUUUCAUUUCAAACAAUGCUUAAACCUAAGUGUAGAAUGGGACUUCUGACAUAUCUCACACAAGAGUGCCGUCUGUGUAUUAUACUUAUAAGUGCCUGUAAUUGUACACUGUAUGUGUGAAGAAUUUACGUAUACAGGGUUAUCAUGGAAAAAUGAAUACAAGUGUUCUUUGAUGAUGAUUGCAUAAUGUUCGAACUGAAAAUUCAAGCAAUAUCAUCCAUGUAGCUUAAAAGCUGUUCGUCGAUCUAUCACUUCCUUUGAUGAGACAUUUUAUUCUUUAUGUUAUUCAUUGCAUGAUGCUGCAAGUUAUGAUAAGUUUGUCAAUAAAUUGCCACCCAUGCAAAGACCAUGGUUUACAAGUCUUUUUUCAAAUAUAAAUCUUUAACCUUUUUAGGAUUUUUCCUCAUGUGUCGUUGCAGUUUGCCUAGCUUCAUCUAUUUUAACAUGGUUUUAUAAUGUUUCCAUGUGCAAUAAGUGUUUUAUGAUAACUAUGAAAAAAAUAAAGGAUUAUCCAGAAUA